AUGCCGACCCACCACCGCCCGCGAGAGGACCCCCGCAAGGCGUCGCUGGCCACGCAAUAUGAAAUGACGUCGACCACGGGCACCGCGUUCGAGCGGAUGGUGGCGGACAACGGCGCCAACGUCCUCCACUGCCGCCACUUGUUGCUCAAGCCUGUCGAGAUGCGCAACGUCGAAGAUGUCCACAUGAUCAAACUGUUUUUUAACACGUCCAAGAUUGGCAAGUAUUGCACCCACCUCGACCUUCAAAAGGAAUCGGAGUUUUACAAGUCGCUCCAGUUGCAAAUCGUUGACACGGCCAAUACGUAUGUGUUUCGGCAGGGCGACAUGGGCGACAAGUUUUACGUCAUCUUUUCCGGCACUGUCCAAGUCCGCAAGUCGAUUCUCAACCAAAACGGCGACAGCGUCGAGAGCGCCGUGUGCGAACUCCGUCCGGGCGACUGCUUUGGCGACCGCGCGCUCACUGGAGCUCUGAACGAAACCCUUCCCCGCGAAGCUUCAAUCAUGACGAUUUCCAACACGACCGAGUUGGCCUUUAUGGACAAACUGUCGUACUCGCGCGUGAUGCGGGAUCGGACGUCGGAAAUGCGACUUGACAUGCCCAAGGUGGCCGGCCUCGACGUAACCAAGCGGUUUCGGUCCAACAAAGACAUUGUCCGCGCGAUUUUCCUCCAGCCAGCCCACGAACGCACGGAGCGCGAUUUGAAAUUUGCCGUCGAGUACCUCAAAGGAGUCAAGUUCUUCGCUCGGUUUUCGUUUGAAGUCCGAAAGCAACUGUGCAAAGCCCUGCGGCUCAUUUGCGCGUGGACCAAUACCGUUGUGUUUGAGGAAGGCCACCCGGGGUACCACUUUUACAUUAUCUUUUGCGGCAGCGUCGAAGUCUUGAUCAACACCACGAACCGGUACGACGCGGCCGUGCAAUCGGUCGUGUCGAUGCUCAAAGAAGGCGAAACGUUUGGUGAGCUGGCGCUCUCGGAAGAGGAUGGCACCCGUCGAGCCACGGUGGUCGCGACAGAAUACACUGAAUUUUUGACGCUAAGCCGCGACGAGUACAUCCCCUUGAUCCAAAAAUACCAGAAUCAGUACCACACCGAGUACGUGCGCAUGCUGCAGCAAAAUCCGUACUUUACGGGCGACGAGUGGGACCUCCAUACGCUGGAAGCGAUGUGCUCGGUGAUGGUCGAAAAGUACGUGCCAUUCCGUGGCACAGUGUGCGAACAGGGAUCGCGGGCGUCGGAGAUGUUUGUGGUCGUGCGGGGGGAGUGCGUGGCCCAGUAUGAGACCACCGAUCCCUUUACCAACGAGGCACUUACAGUCGGGCUUGGGCGGUUCGGCCCCAACAGUGUCAUUGGAUGCGCCGAAGCCACCGCGGGAAAGUUCAACGACGUGUUCAUUCGACCGGUGUCCGUCGUCGCGACGUCGCCUGUCAAGGUGCUCGUGCUGUCGCGCUUUGAUAUUUUCCACCUUCUGACGCCGGAAGCGCGGGACGGGCUCCAGCGGUGGAGCUACAAUGCCGACGCAGAAACCCUCGAUGCCCGCGUGCUCAAGACGAUCGUGUGGGAAAAAUACCGGUCCAACUUUAUCGCAGAUUCUAUGCUCUUGAGUUCAAAACCAACGGUGGAGCAUCGGGGCGUCGAGGACUCUUCCCAGAAACAACUCCAAAAGCAUGGACACUUGCCGCCCGUUAAACAAACGACCGACAUUCACGCACGGAAAGUGGUUGAUUCGGGGGAGCUACAGCUAGUGUCGAGGCCCCGGCUGACGUAUUCGUCGUCGCAAGGCCAGCUAUCCCAUCCCAGCCAUCACUCGUCCAGACAACCCAAACCCUCGCCUUCGGCGGACAUUCUCAUCUUGGACCCGACCAAUACUGGUAGUACCGUUAGCACCACUGCAACACCGGCUGCUGUGCCGUUGUCAUCAUCGGCGUCGAUGCCAGCGUUGUUGGCGUCGUUGGUCGCUGACGCCGCCACCCCUCCACUCGUCGUGUCCGCCCCUGCUCCCCGUCUACCACCCGCCUCCAUGGGCAUCACGCACUUCAACCCCAAGCAGCAGCAGCAGUCGAUCGUUCCAUCGACUCCUGAAACGACGCGGUCCAAGACGCCGAUCAGUGGCGGCAGCCACCCUACGAGGCAGUUCCUUUGGUCCCCCCUCCACGGCGUGUACCAGCCGUACGCCGUCGUGGGGUUCGGUCGGCCGGUCGAGUCGGCGGCGCCCGUGACCUUCCGAGUGUGCGGCAAGUUCCGGGACCUAGACGCCGCCCUUCGCAUGUUCCACGACGUGUGCAAACUCGAGCCGACGCCUGUGAACGCGAUCGAAGACCACAGCAACUUUGUCGUGUACAAGGACGGCGACGUGAGCUUGGCAUUGCGCAACAUGGAUCGAUCCGAUAAACCGUCUACCGUGUCUGAGGAGGGACCCCCUGGCCCCCCCCUCGCCCAGUCGUCGUCGAUGCACUCUAUACCCCCCCGCCAACACUUGAAUGCCCUUACCUCUUGUGCAUUGAAUACUGGGCCAAAGGAGUCCAGACUCCGACAGAAGCGGCAUAGCGUCGUGCUUACCACGUCCUCGUCCCCCAACUCAAAACUACCGUCGGCCCAUCGAUUGGCGGACGACGCGCUCCCAGACAGCAGCACGAUUGUGGCCGGCAUCCGGCAAGAGGGCGACCCCGACGUGAUGGGCCAGCGGUUCGCGUGCAUCGGCCUCAAGCAUCACGUGGACGACGACAGCCGCGACUUGCACGUGCACGUGUACCACUGUUUCCCCACGCACCAAAGCGCCAUCCGCCACUCCAAGCAGCUUGUGGCCAUGCUCAAUGCGUUUGCAGAUAACUGCUUGUACGUCGUGCCAUUGUUUGACUGGAUCCAUCGACAAGACCUCGAGCGAUACGAAGCGCGAAAUCCAGACUUGGACAGCCUCUUGGACGGCAAGUUGACCAUUUCCAAGUUUAGCGGGUGGAAAGCUCGAAAGGACGCUGUGCGAAAACGUCAAGGUCAUAUUUACCACGGAUAAACAAUC